ACUACUGUGUCUAUGAGGGAGGAUCAGCCAGGACAUGGUGGAGCCUGAGGGGGGACCCAGGCUGUCUGUGUGAGAAGCACUAGCGGCUUUAUACUGCUCCUGUUAGUGCCUUUGAUUCUGACAGCACAACUGCGAGGCAGGGAUUGUGCUGAGAUGCGGGAAUUCAAACACAAUGAUGGUGGUUGCCAUUCUCAAGGAAGGAAGAAAGGUGGGAGUUAUUUCCGGGGUGAUUUUGGCAAAAGGAACCUGCAUUGUGAACAUGGAGGAUAUGAGCGUCUGCGUUCAUGCCGCAAGGCGGGUGAUGGAAACGUGGACAUGAGGGAUGUCCACGAGGACCCCCAAGUAAGACACACUCCUUAUACCAUCCGACGCAACAGGAGGAGAGUGAAUUGGCAUCAUGAUGACCAAAUCCAUAUCACUAUGUGGAGAGAUAGAAUACCUCCAGGGAGAAAACUGUGGGAGAACACACGAGGCAAAACCAUAGAGAGCUGGUUCAAGGUCACAAUUCCUUAUGGGAAAAACUAUGACAAGACAUGGCUCAUGAACUCAAUCCAGAGCCAUUGCAGUGUCCCCUUCACACCGGUCGAUUUCCACUACUUUAAAAAUAGGGCCCAGUUCUUUGUCCAGGAUGCCGGUGCUGCCUCUGCAUUGAAGGAUGUCAGCCACAAGGUUUGCGAUGAGCAGAACCGAAAGAUAUCUAUCUUUGUCGGUCCUUCUGCUGAACCCUACUCUGUGCAAAAUAAGUUGAAACCAGAACAAAUGGAGCAGCUAAAGCUGACCAUGAACAAACGAUAUGAUGUCUCCCAGCAAGCUCUUGACCUCCAGAAGCUCCGCUUUGACUCAGACUUGGUGGGGCGUGAUAUGGACAUAAUCCUGAGUCGAAGAAACUGCAUGGCUGCCACCCUGCAGAUCAUUGAGAUGAAUUUCCCUGAGUUAUUGUCCUUGAACUUGCGCAACAACAAACUGUACCGGCUGGAUGGCCUGUCUGACAUUAUAGAGAAGGCUCCCAAAGUCAAGAUCCUGAACCUCUCCAAAAAUGAGCUGAAUUCAACAUGGGAGUUGAGUAAGGUCAAAGGGCUGAAGCUGGAAGAGCUGUGGCUGGAAGGGAACCCCUUGUGCCGCACCUUCCCAGACCAGUCCGCCUACAUAAGUGCCAUCCGGGAUUGUUUCCCCAAAUUGUUACGCCUGGAUGGCCGAGAGUUAUCUCCACCAAUUAUCACUGACACUGAAGUCCCUGAGUUAGUAAAAUCCUGCCAGGAAAGCCAUAAAGGAUCUGAGACCCUAAAGAGUCUAGUCCUGCAAUUCCUGCAGCAGUAUUUCUUGAUCUAUGAUUCUGGAGACCGACAGAGUCUCCUGGAUGCUUACCACGAGGAGGCCUGCUUCUCCUUGACCAUUCCCUUCAACCCCGAGGACCCAGCUUCGAGCAGCUUGUGCAAGUACUUCAAGGAAAGCAGGAAUCUGAAAAUGCUCAAGGACCCCAGUGAGUGUGCAAUGGGGAAGACUGGGCAGGACCUGCAGAGACAGCUGCUGAAGCACACAAAACGUGACAUCGUGGACUCCCUCAGCGAAUUGCCCAAAACUCAGCAUGACCUCAGCUCCUUCCUGGUGGACGUGUGGUUCCAUACAGAAAGGAUGCUCUGCUUUUCUGUCAGUGGGGUGUUCAAGGAAGUGGAAGAAAGGUCUAAGGGAUGUUUUCGUGCCUUCACCAGAAUCUUCAUCUCUAUCCCUGCCAGCAAGUCCACUGUGUACAUUGUGAAUGAUGAGCUGAUUGUGAGGAAUGCCAGCCCCAAGGAGAUCCAGAGCGCCUUAUACAUCUCAGUGCCUACAUCCAGAUCCAGCUCCCUGCUCACCCUCUCCCAGGAGCGGAAAAAAAUGGUGCAGGUUUUCUCCAUGCAUUCUGGAAUGAAACUUGAGUGGUCUCAGAAGUGCCUUCAGGAUAAUCAGUGGAACUACGCCAGAGCUGGCCAGAUCUUCACUCUGCUCCAGGCCGAGGGCAAGAUCCCAGAGGAGGCCUUCCAGCAAAUCUCAUGAAAGGAGUCCUUGGAUGUCAUCUUCGUCCCCAUUCACAUCAUUUUCAUUUCUAUUUUCAAUAGCCUCAGGGCAUGCCCAUAACUGAGGCUGGAGGCCAAGCUGGCCAAGGAGCCAAAGUUACCUUGUAGGCCAGGUCACGUAACCACACGAAGAGCCAGUUGUUCUGUGUAUUUUCCCCACUCGUGAUCAUUGUUUAUUUUUAUAAUAAAGAAUGAUGUUGCACGUUG